ACUGUCUUACGUCGAGUAUCGUGACCGUCAGCCUUGUAAUAUUACAGUCAAGGCUACUGGGAGCUGUCCUCGUUAAAUUAUCAGUUAACACUUUUCGUGUAAUUUAGCUGCUCCAUAAUUAUCAGUGAAACAUAGGAGGAAUCACUGUGAGCAGCAGGAAGGGAAAAGUCGAGCGAAGAAGAGACCAGAGGAGGAAUUAUAACAGGCAGAGGUGUAAACAUGUCGCUUGCACGGGCCCUCUCACGCUCCCUGCCCCUGCUACACCCACACGGCAGACGGGAGGCAGUUACCAUUGCUGUGGCCCACUACCAUGACAAGGUGAUCGACCACUAUGAGAACCCACGCAAUGUUGGGUCGCUCGACAAGAACGACAAGACAGUGGGAACAGGCCUGGUGGGCGCACCUGCGUGUGGGGACGUCAUGAAGCUGCAGGUGAAGGUGGACGACAACGGCAAGAUCAUUGAUGCUCGGUUCAAGACAUUUGGGUGUGGCUCGGCCAUCGCCUCAUCCUCCCUUGCCACUGAGUGGGUCAAGGGCAAGACUCUUGACGAAGCUCUCAAGAUUAAAAAUGUUGACAUUGCCAAGGAGCUCAAGCUGCCACCAGUCAAACUUCACUGCUCCAUGCUGGCUGAGGAUGCUAUCAAGGCAGCCCUAAGUGACUAUCAGAUCAAGCAGUCCUCCAAGGAUAAAGUGAAGCAGGAGAAGCAGUAGGUUGUAUGAUUAUUUAGUUGUAUAGUAAACUCUGGAUAUAUUGAACUAACUAGCAGAAAUCUGGUAUUGUUGAAGCUGAAAGUUUAACCAAUCAGCUUACCUUGGGAAUUUGAAUCUAGGCUGGAUGAUUACCAAUACUUAGCACUUUUCCACUGAAACUUCCUGUGGGAAUUCAAACACAUGAUGAACAGUAACCAAAACUUUGACACCUGUCGCUAAAACUUGCUAUAGACUGUCAGGAUCUGUUCGUGACGUCAAAUACAGUAACUGAUCAAGCCUAAGCAGUGUACUGUAGUAGAGUUGAGAGACAGGAGACGAGAGUAAAGUUCAUUUUGAGACAGUGUGUGGCUGCCUCAUUCUGUGCUUCUUUUCUCAUCCUUUGUUCUGAUAUUUUGAUAUAUUUAUGAAAUCAGAAAUUUAUUUCAAUAUAGUUUGAUAUAUGUAGGGUUUACUGUACCUUUCAUUAUGUCCAUAUGUCAAUUCAUUGGUUGUAUUAUAUGCAAAUGGCAAUGAACAUCUGUCGUGGAAUAAUACAAUUUAUGUAUAGUACUGUUUUCAAGUCAUAGGUGAAGUUUUAGCUAAAAUUUCAUAAAGUAUUGAGAUUCAAGUUAAGGCACCAUUACACUAGUACAUUUUUGUCAACCAUUACCACCAACAAUUUUUGAGCUUGCCACGUCAGACGGAAUGAAGCAAGAGUUGAUGGAAAAUGUGCUAGUGUGAUGGUGCCUUGAGUUUCUGGUUUGUUGCUUCUAGUUCGUGCUCGACUCUUUUCUGAUUUCUCUAUGCUGUAUGUGGAAGUUGUUUUGUCUCAGAAAUUUAUGAAACAGAUGAUCUUAGAUGCUAAACAUCACAGAGAUCAUGAACCAUACGUAUUUAGUACAGUGGUUCUCUUUUCUGUGGUGAGUGAUGCACUACACUAAAGGCACAUCUUGAACUCUGACCGUGCACCAGAGAUAUAGUCACUAGAGCACAGCCUUAACAAAAGGCACAAAUCUGGGAACACUUACCUACCUAGCAAAAUUAGGUGGUGUAUUGGUGAUAGUCAUACAGUUUGGAAAUUACUAGUAUAGUAUGAAUUAAUCUCUCUCUCUCUCUCUCUCUCUCUCUCUCUCUCUCUCUCUCUCUCUCUCUCUCUCUCUCUCUCUCUCUCUCUCUCUCUCUCUCUCUCUCUCUCUCUCUCUCUCUCUCUCUCUCUCUCUCUCUCUCUGUUAGGUUUGUUACAGCCUACCUAAUUAGAUGUAAGUCAUUGCUGGUGUUGUAAAUUGGAUUUGAAAAAUUCCAGCUCCAUAAAAUGUCUGUGAUCAAUAGAGUAUAUUCAGUUUGAUAAGUUCCAGCUUCAUAGAGUUCCUGUCAUGUGUUGGAACUGAUUAUUUCAUACAGUGAAAGUAGAAUAAGAAGUGAUACACCAGCAUGUACAUGUAUAUCAGUCCCACUAAUUAAUUACAUGUCUAAAAAUAAAAUAGAAAAUGAUUGUCAUUAUGUUCUACUCUGGGCAACUGUACAUAUGUAUUUUUUUUAUAAUAGAUGUACAACAUAGAUAAUUCAGUGUAGAUAAAUGUAUGUAUAUCAUUUUGUUGAUAGUAUAUAUUUUCAAUCCAC